CUCGCUUAGUUUAUGCCUCAAGUAAACUGGAAAGAAUUAUUUGGAGCUUGAAAAGAGUUAUCCUGAUAUAAUUGAUAUUUUGUCAGGAUUAUGGAUAACGUUUUCAGUCAAUUUUGCCAAUCUCUUAUCCGCUUUUAUCCUCUGGAAUGAUGUUGUUAAACCUGUAAUUGUCAAACGGCACGAGGAAGCUAUGGCGGACAAUCUGGCUGUCAAGCUGUAUUUAUUAUUGCAGCAACAGUCUGUAAAAGCGGAACAAUGGAAGUUACUAGGACAAGAAAAAGAUGGAUCUUUAUUACUUGGAUGGAUAGAAGGAAAUUCAUUAAAAGAAGACACACACACUGUACAAUUUUAUUCUGUGAUAGGUCAUUACAACCGUAGUAAUGACGGAUUACAGGUACUCCAUCGAUUUCCUAACACACUAAAUGUUGUGCAAGCUACAGUUAAUCAAAGUCAAUCUUUACUUGGCUAUGUUGUAAAAGAAAAAGUUUGCCAAAGUAAUGAUGUACAAAAUGAUAAGGACAUAUGUAAUACUUCUGAAACUACCGUUACCGAAGUAAAUACUAAUAAUGCUAAAGAGAAUAAUGCUUCUACUGAUAUUGAAGUAUAUCGAGCUUACCUGAUUGAACUAAAAUUGCCAGAAACUAAAAUACAUUCCUUGGAGGUAGAAAGAAGUAAACAAGUACGAAUACAGUUUUUAUACAGACAGAGAAAGCACGCUGAACUAGAAAAGUUUUUAGUGCUUAUUCAUGAGGAAUGUGUAACGUUACAUACAACGAUGUUUAAUGUCUCUGAUUCUGACAUCAAACCAGUAAAAGAAAUAAAAUCAGAAUCAUUAGUAAGGACAUUUAUGUGGGCGCAAUGGGAUGCUACAAAUCAAGUUUUAUACCAUAUACAUCAUCGAAGAGCUCCAACAAGUCUAGUCACUGAGGAUAUUGAUGAAAGCCGUUCAAAAACUACAAAAUCUUGCCCAACUCUUAGUGGUCUACAGUUUCAUGAUGAUCUCCCUCAUGAGACAGUUUUAAACAUUCCAUUAAAUCUACCAGAGGUAUCAAGCUCUGGUAAUUGUGGAACUUACGAAGACGAUGUUAUACCAUUGAGGGUUCAUGACUGCUCCCUUGACUUAAUAGUAAUUUCAGACUCUAAGGGAAUGGUCUGCGUAUGCCAUCAUUAUUUAUAUUGUCCCGUAAAACCACCACAAGGCACAUUUGAUUCUACUCUUAAUGACUCCAAUACAGUACAUUUUGCAUAUUCCGUAACUUUGCUGCACCAUAGUUGUGUAAUUCACUGUGUCGUACCUGGAAUACCAUGGUCAAGAGCAAAGCUUAUGAGACCAACCUUUGCAAUAUACGAGGACCAACAUAUGAUAGUGUUCGUUCAAGGAUCGUUUACGCACAUUCUAGAAAUUGGUGUUAACCAUGGGCCUUGUUGUCAUAUUCUUUGUGGACCUUUCACAUCGGUGCCUACUCGUUCUUCUUACCUAGUGCCGCUAUUAGAUGUUGGUGCAACAAAUAAAGAAACCCGUAAAUAUGCAGAUACAUAUCGCAAUUAUUCUAAAAGAACUGAAAAUAACGUCACGUCCACGCUAGAAGGAAAUAAUAAUAUUUCAACAAUUGGAUUCAAUAUUACAACAAUAGACCUUCCUACUUUAGAUAUCGUACCAUUAACAAUCUCUUCCGAAUUCCUUCUUGAUAUUUUUCGGAAGGAAACAUCGGUGGAUGUAAGAGUGAGUAUUCUACACUAUUUCCUUUGCCACAAAAAUGAACCUGAACUUGUGGCAGAACUGAUCUCCAUUGUGGCAGAGAAGCCACUUUCCUUAAACAUUGCUGCACUCAUGCAAGAAAUUCUCGUGGGUGGCUCAUAUGCUUCUAUACAGAAGAACUUGAUGCACGAUGCCCUUCCGUUACUUUCACUUUUACCAGUGACAACAAUGGAACAGUGCAAGAAUUUUGAAGUUAAAGUUAAUGAUCUAACCGUGACCUUAAGUCAUGAAAAACUGUGGAAUACAUCGGUUAUGUUACUAUCUCCGCAACAAAGGUUAGUACCUUAUCGUAGUGAUCUCUGGACCAAACUUUGGGAUCAAUUGAACAGACGAGGAGCAGAUCAACCAAGGUUUAAGCCUAGUCAAGUAGCGGAAAAAUUAAUAAUGUCCUUGGCGUGUUACCAACCGGAAGCUUUAUCGAGAUCCAGCACCCCGAUGUCACCCAGUGGAGGACUUGUAACGAGUGCUACUCUAGCCGAUGCCUUCAAUAACCGUAACAACAAAAGCAUGGACUCGAGCUUACCCUUUAUUGAGAUGGAAAGUUGCACGGCAUCCAAACAAGAACACAUUGUUUCCGUGAAUCUACGUGAAUUAUCGCUAUUCCUUUUGAAGCAUGGCACGCGAAAUUCAAGGACAAGUCUUCAAGGAAGUUGUACACCAUUGCACGUUCACGCAAUGGCUACCAGACAUGUAACGACACAGUUGGAAACUUCACGUUUCUUGUGUAACAUGCUUUGUAAAGCUGCAAAUGUGGACCCCCAAGUAGAACAAGACCGUGGCUUUAUUCUCAUAGAUCAACUGGAUGGUCAGCGGAAAUGGUUGUUAUUUACUCUUCUCGAAAGAUACCGAUAUGCUACAGAAAAGUGUGCAUUUCCAGUACCACAGGGAUUUACUUCAUUUUUUACAUACCUAGGAUACCGUACUUUGAAUUAUUCAAUGUUCUUACAGUACGUUCAGCGGUCGGUAUUUGAAUUACAAGUUGACGUCACUAAGGUUAUAUUUGCCGAUCUUAGCGAUACAAAAGAUGAUGUCAUCCGGAAAUUGCAAAUAUUAUCACUUUUGCCAAGGUCUCGAGGAAAAAGAUUGUUGAACCAAUGGUUACAUCCAGUUAGUUUUAUGAUUCGUGCACGCGAACAUGCUGCAAAUAUUUUGUCAGGUGAGAUUUGUCAAAAUCGUGGAAGAACCUCUCAGCAACGAGUGCACCACAGCGGUUUAGCAGCUUUUCCUUCAGCAGAUCGGCUUUCCCCAUUGGAUACAUUCCUUGAUUUACUGACUGCAAAAGCUAGCCUUGCCGAAUUAGAUUUUGGCUUACUCGUAGAAGCAACGGUCACGUCGACUGAAGAUUUUUUGUAAGUCAUAUCUCUAUCUGAUAAUUACAACAUUAAAUAUUCAGUAAGGUGUUAAUAGUGUAGAAGGCAAGAAAAACUAAAUCUAUUGCAGUAUUUAAGAUUGUUGAAAACAAAGUGAGCAGGGUUUGUAUCAAUGUAGUUAAUUUUUCACUUAUUCAUUGAAGUUAUUAGGCUGGCCAUAUUGUACAUCAGGUUUAACAUUGAAAUUAUGUUGACAGUUAAGUCAACUGUAAAAUAUUUGCAUUCCUAGGUUCCUCUUAUUAAUUGUGAAUUAUUUAUGACUUAAAUUAUAUUUUUAAAACUUUUUCUUCAGACUGAUUAUUAAGUUAAUUUAAUUAUUAUAAGUAAUGUACACAUUUGUUUUCCUCCGAUAUGUACUACUUGUAGUAUGUAAUGAUCCUAUUAGCGCCAUGCAGUAUUACAAUAUUAGGGAGUAAAACAUCAUCAGUACCGCAUACUGUAGCAAUUUUGAAAAUGUCUCUUAUAAGAUCUACAUAUGAUAUUCUUCAUAAUCCUCCGUAGUUGUCAAUGUCGAUUGGUGAUAAAUGGGACAAUGUGCAAUAAUCGUUACUGUUGUUUAUUAGCAUUACAUACAUUAUUUGUAAAAAUCGUACCCUCGUGUUAUUAUAGUUUUCAAACUAAAAAAAAUAUGCGAUAUUAGUUGCCAAGUAAUAUUAUAAUUGUUCAUUAAUGUUGUCUUAUCAUUGAACAAUUGUUUUAACCGAAAUACAAAAUUCUCCAUAAAUA